GUGUGUCAUGUCCAUUAUUCCACCACAAGAGAGAGAGAGAGGGAGUUUCAUUGCUCCAUCGCAUGGCAUCAUCCCUUCUUUAUUUCUUAUUUUUGAGAUCAACAACUCUAAAACCUCAUAGCCGGAACUUCUGUUUCCGGUCACUGCAAAACCCCUAAUGGGAACAGUUAACAACACAGUCAAUGCUGCCGCUUCGGCGAUAGUAGCUGCCGAAUCCAGAGUCCAACCUGUCACCUCACCGGUUUCAUUCAUUGUUCUGAUUAGUUCGGUUACCGAGAAACAGAGGCCAAAUUGAGAUCUUGGGUUUUGUGUUCUCUUUAUUCAUUUUCCAAUUUCACCAGUGAUGAUGAAUGAAUCAAAAGAAGAAAAAGCGCUGGGGAAGCUGCUGGAGCUUAUACUGGUGUUUUGGACCCCAUAAAAACAACAAGAGAAUUGGUAACGCUGUCCUUGUUCCUGAACCUGUUGAACCAGUGGGUCAAGUUGGAUCUCAUGCUGCUAUUGCUGCACCAAAUCCUUCAACAGCCGUUGCAAUGCCAUUCGUUGUCCCUCCCUCUUCACCUGCAUCUUUUCUGGAAUCUGAUCCUCCAUCUGCCACUCAAUCACCGGUUGGAUUAUUCUCUCUCAGUUCUCUCAAUGUCAAUGCUUCUGGUGGACCUGCAUCCAUUUUUGCCAUAGGUCCUUAUACCUACGAGACUCAGUUAGUCUCACCGCCUGUAUUUUCUAACUUUACCACUGAACCAUCUACUGCUCCUUUCACUCCACCUCCUGAAUCUGUGCAGCUGACGACACCAUCAUCCCCUGAGGUGCCAUUUGCUCAAUUAUUGGAAUCUUCUCUGGAUCAAGAUUGUAAAAGUAAAGGUACAAAUCAGAGGUUUGCAUUAUCCAAUUAUGAGUUUCAACUUUAUCAACAAUACCCCGGAAGCCCUGGCACCCAACUUAUAUCACCUGGAUCAAUCAUUUCUACUUCUGGAAGUUCUACUCCUUUCCCUGAUAGACACCCACUUCUUGAAUUCCACAAAGGGGAAGAAGCAUCAAACCUCUUGGGCUUUGAACACUUCUCGACACAUAAAUGGAAUUCCAGAGUUGGAUCAGGAUCUUUGACACCAGACAGUACUGGGCAAGGUUCAGGACUAGGCUCAGGAUCUUUGACACCUAAUACUGUUAUUAAGCCAGCUUCACAACUAGGCUCUGGGUGUUUGACACCUGAUGGUGCAGCACCAACUGCUGCAAAUGACAUCUAUGUUGGAAAACCGAUUUCUGAGUUAACAUCCCUCGCAAAUUCCAAGAACGAGUGUCAACCCAAUGCAGCAUUAGUCGAUCACAGAGUUUCAUUUGAAUUGCCUGGGGAGGAUGUUGCACGAUGUCUUCCAAAUAAAUCAGGGUCUCCUUUGAUCGGAAACAUCUCAGGGUCUUCUCAGGAUACAGUGGUUGGAGAGCCUGUUGACAGAGAAAGGAUACCCCAGAACUCUGAUAGUUGCUGUGAUUUGUGUUCAAGGAAAACUUCAAAUGAUAAGCCUGAAAAUUCUCCUGGAGAAGGAGAAGAGCAGUGCAAUUCUUCCAAAGAAUUUAACUUUGACAGCAGAAAUGGUGUUGUUUCUGAUGAUCCUGCCAAUGCCUCGGAAUGGUGGACUAACAAGAAAAUGGUUGGAAAGGAAGGUAGAUCAAGCAACGGUCCGGCAUUUUUCCCAAUGUUACAGUCAGAAGUCGUUUAAAGAUGUAGUUCAUUGCGAUAGGACUUAGGAGCCGUAUCUCUCAAAUUUUUUAAAUAAUAUAAAUUAUUUUUUGUGACAUUUAAUUAGGACUAUCUCGAAUUUGGUGUUUUUUAAUAAAGAAUGUUUACGAUUUAUAAAUAGUCUCCGGCUAGUGAGCGCUAUGGAUAAACAACCAAACUUGUUUAUGAAAAUGUGUCAGAUGUAACUUUAGUUCCUGUAAGAAAAUAUUAAAAAGAUCUUUAAAUGGUUAUAGUACUUUCGAACUUUAGUUAUAUAUUGCACAUAAAUUGUUA